AUGGGUGACUGUGCAAAGGAAGGACACCCAGCAAGGUUUCUGGACUUCACCCAGCUGAUUGACAUGGCAUCUGAAUCUGUAGGAGGACAGAUUUUAUUUGCAACAGAUGACUUUUUUGCUCCUGCAGAAAACCUUAUAAAGAGUGAUGCCCCAAGAUUUAAAGAACAUGAGUAUACGGAGUUUGGGAAAUGGAUAGAUGGAUGGGAGACCAGGAGAAAAAGGAUUCCAGGUCAUGACUGGUGUAUCAUCAAGUUGGGAAUACAAGGGAUUAUUCGAGGUUUCGACGUGGACAUUUCUUACUUCAUAGAAAACUUUGCUCCUCGAGUGUCAAUUCAAGCAGCAAACUUUCCAGAAGAUAAAGUACGAGAAAUUCCAGAAAGAGGAAUCAGAACAGGAACUGCAGCUACACUGGAGGAAUUUAAAGCUAUUGCAGAGCUAAAGUCUGAAAACUGGAAUUGCUUGGUUCCCAAGACAGAGCUUAAACUAGGAAAGCCUGGUUCCAGUCACAAUUAUUUUCCCAUCAAUUCUCAGCAGAGAUGGACUCAUAUCCGUCUCAACAUUUUUCCAGAUGGUGGAAUUGCACGUCUUAGAGUACAUGGUACUGGACAAAGAGACUGGACUACAACUGACCCCAAAGAAGCGUUAGACCUAGUGACCAUGGCUUAUGGGGGUUUCUGUGUAGGAUUUAGUAAUGCAUGUCUUGGGCACCCAAACAAUAUGAUACGACCUACCAGAGCAAAGUCUGUGGCAGAUGGCUGGGAAACUGCAAGGAGAUUGGACAGACCACCAAUAUUAGUAAAUGAUGAGAAUGGCAUUCUCCAAGUGCCAGGUUGUGAAUGGGCAGUUUUCCGACUGGGACAUCCUGGAGUCAUAACCCAAAUUGAAGUAGAUACAGAACACUUUAAAGGUAAUUCUCCUUACAGUUGUAAACUUGAUGGCUGUAUUCUGACUACUCAAGAGGAAGAAGACAUGAUUAAACAAAAGUGGAAUCUUCCAGCCCAUAAAUGGAAACCACUGCUUCCAGUCACAAAGCUACUCCCAAACCAGAAUCACCAUUUUGACAGCUUAACCUUGGAGCUCCAAGAUGUCAUCACCCACGCAAGGCUGACCAUCGCUCCCGAUGGAGGAGUGAGCCGUCUCCGGCUCAGGGGCUUCCCGAGCUCCAUCUGCCUUCUGCGGUCGAGGGAAAAGCCCCUUUUGAGGUUUACAGUUAAACCAGGUUUUAGAACAAGCCUUUAA